CUCUUUUCAUUUCAUUUUAUCAAAAUCAAAUAAAAAUGUUUGUUUUCUUGAAUUUUUAAACCUUUUACUCGUAAAAUAUACUGCUCUUUGAAACAUAACUGAAUAAACUAACCUACUCUACAUUGCUGGUCAGUGCUAAGUGAAAAAGACGGAAACCUGGAGGUUAUACUUAUCUGUUUACCUAAGUUUUUUGUGACUGCCGCUGAUUGAUUCAACUUCCAAGAUGCCGGAUAUAAAGAUCACUCCUCUGGGAGCUGGCCAAGAUGUCGGUAGAAGCUGCAUUUUGUUGUCAAUGGGAGGUAAAAACAUAAUGUUGGACUGUGGAAUGCACAUGGGGUAUAAUGAUGAGCGAAGAUUCCCAGACUUCUCGUACAUAGUGCCAGAAGGCCCCAUCACGAGCCAGAUAGACUGUGUGAUCAUAUCCCACUUCCAUCUCGACCACUGUGGAGCUCUCCCUUACAUGUCUGAAAUGAUUGGCUACACUGGGCCAAUAUACAUGACCCAUCCCACUAAAGCCAUUGCUCCAAUACUUCUCGAAGACAUGCGCAAAGUGGCUGUUGAAAGAAAGGGUGAAUCCAACUUUUUCACUUCACAAAUGAUCAAAGACUGUAUCAAGAAGGUAACAGCAGUUACUCUGCACCAAUCGGUGAUGGUGGACAAUGACCUUGAGAUUAAAGCCUACUAUGCAGGUCAUGUGCUUGGAGCCGCCAUGUUCUGGAUCAGAGUGGGGUCACAGUCAGUGGUCUACACGGGAGACUACAACAUGACACCAGACCGACACCUCGGUGCUGCCUGGAUCGACAAGUGCAGACCGGACCUCCUCAUAUCAGAGUCUACCUAUGCAACUACAAUAAGAGAUUCCAAAAGAUGCAGAGAAAGAGAUUUCCUUAAAAAAGUACAUGAAUGCGUUGAAAAGGGAGGCAAGGUCCUGAUUCCAGUGUUUGCUCUUGGAAGAGCUCAGGAACUCUGUAUUCUAUUAGAAACAUACUGGGAGAGAAUGAACUUGAAAUACCCUGUGUACUUUGCAUUGGGUCUGACUGAAAAGGCAAAUAACUAUUACAAAAUGUUCAUCACAUGGACCAACCAGAAGAUACGCAAAACUUUUGUACAGAGAAACAUGUUUGACUUCAAACACAUCAAGCCAUUUGACAAGACAUACAUAGACAACCCGGGUGCCAUGGUGGUGUUUGCCACUCCUGGCAUGUUGCAUGCAGGUCUCUCCCUCAACAUCUUCAAGAAGUGGGCUCCAUAUGAACAGAACAUGGUGAUCAUGCCUGGCUUCUGUGUGCAGGGAACUGUUGGCCACAAAAUCCUGAAUGGAGCCAAGAAAGUAGAAUUUGAAAACCGACAAGUUGUUGAAGUGAAAAUGGCUGUUGAAUACAUGUCCUUUUCAGCUCAUGCAGAUGCUAAAGGCAUCAUGCAGCUCAUACAAUACUGUGAACCGAAGAAUGUGUUACUGGUGCAUGGUGAGGCCCAAAAGAUGGAGUUCCUGAAGGAAAAGAUAGAGCAGGAGUUCAAAAUCAACUGCUACAUGCCAGCUAAUGGAGAGACCUGCACCAUCAACACUCCUACCAAGGUGCCCAUUGAUAUCUCCCUGAGACUCCUGAAGGCUGAAUCAGUCAGGUACAAUGCCCAGCCCCCAGACCCUAAGAGAAGAAGAGUGAUUCAUGGCAUACUCUGUGUUAAAGACAACAGAAUGUCUUUGCUGGACAUAGAUGAAGUGUGUGAAGAGAUUGGCAUCAGCAGACAUGUGAUCAGGUUUACAAGCACUGUGAGGUUUGAUGACUCUGGCCCUGCAGUGAAGACUGCUGAGAAACUUAAGACUUUGCUGGAAGAGAAGCUCCAAGGCUGGUCCAUUACCAUAUCUGAUGGUAACAUAUCGGUGGAGUCUGUUCUGAUCAAGGUUGAAGGAGAGGAUGAUAGUACAAAGAACAUUUAUGUGUCUUGGACCAACCAAGACGAGGAUUUGGGAAGUUACAUUCUGGGCCUGCUGCAGGCUAUGGUUGAGUAGUAAUAAUUAUAAUUUAGUACCUAAUUAAUUAUGCUAGAUUUUAAGGAUAUUUUUGUUACGUAAAUGAGAUUUUCCAAUAAAUUCCAAGAAUGUUGGUAACUGUU